AUGAAAAAAUGGUGGUUCAAUUAGAUGUUGUCUAAGAAAGAGUUAGAACAUGGGUGUGGAUUAAGUAAAUCAAUGGACAGUCUUGGUCCUAUUGAAAAUACCAGUACAAAGGAAUAUCCGAGUCUAAAUGAUCCAGAAAAACAAAUUCAUAGUUCGAGAAAUAGUGAAAGUUCUAGUUACAGUAAUGUUAAUCAUUUAGUUCGUGGCAUUGACAUUCAGAAUUUCAUCUCGGAUGAUACUUUUUUACUUAUAGAUACUAAAGGGGACAGUUAUUCCAUAUAUUUUGAUAUUGAAAAUCAAAUUUUUGACAUUGACAACGAUCAUUCUUUUCUGAGUAAACUGCAAAGUUCUUUUUCAAAUUAUUGGAAUUCAAGUUAUCUGAACUCUAGAUCUAAGAAUGGCGAUACUUAUAAUGGUCAUUCGCUGUAUUAUACUAACGAUAGUUGGAAUAAUCACAUUAAUAAUUGCAUUGACAGCUAUCUUCAUUCACAAAUUCGUAGUGACAGUUCCAUCCUAAGUGGUAAUGACAGUUGCAUUUUGAGUUACAUUUUUAAUGAAAGUGGAAAUAGGAGUGAAAGUUUCAGUAAAAGAAGUAUCACGAAUGGCAGUAAUUUAACUAGAAGAGAAAGUUCAAAUCUUGAUGUAACUAAAAAAUAUAGACAUUGUGAAAAUUGUUAUGCAUUAAAUUAUAAGAAAUUGCUGAAGUCAAAAAUGGGUAUUUGUGAACAAUGUGGAUAUCAUUUGAAAAUAAGUAGUUCAGAUAGAAUCGAACUUCUGAUUGAUCCCGGUACUUGGAUUCCAAUUGAUGACGAUAUGGUCUCUAUGGAUCCUAUCGGAUUUCAUUCGGAGCUGCUGCUAGCCGGAAUUUUAUUAAAAAUGGGAGCAUAUGGAUUGGUUCGGAUCAAUAUGGAAUUAUUACCUCAUGCUCAUUCGAUAUUUUCUCCUUAG